AUGAACUUAGAUCAAGGUGGCAGAGUUCAGGUCAUGUAUGUCUGGAUUGAUGGCACUAACGAAGGAAUGCGAUGUAAAACAAUGACAGUUGAAACUGAACCAACAUCUCCUAGCGAUCUACCAACAUGGCACUAUGAUGGAUCCAGCUGUGGUCAUGCUGAUGGUGGAGACAGCGAUGUCUACUUAAAACCUGUAGCCAUAUUCCGAGAUCCUUUUCGUGGUGAUCCGAAUAAAUUAGUUUUAUGCGAUACCGAGUAUUAUGAUGGUAAACUAACUCAUACCAACAAAAGACGUCGAUGUGUAGCGGCUAUGGAAAAAGUCAAAGAUGAUCAUCCUUGGUUUGGAAUUGAACAGGAGUAUGUGUUGUUAGAUCAUGAAAAGCCUUUAUGCUGGCCUAAGAACGGCUUUCCUGGUCCACAAGGUCCUUAUUACUGUAGUGUUGGUAGCGGAAGAGUAUUCGGUAGACCCAUCAUUGAAGCUCACUAUCGUGCUUGUCUCUUCGCGAAAAUUAAAAUUGCCGGUACUAACGCAGAAGUCAUGCCUUCUCAGUGGGAAUAUCAAAUAGGCCCCUGCGAAGGAAUCGAUAUUGGUGAUCAUUUAUGGAUGUCUCGAUUUAUAUUGUAUCGAAUUGCGGAAGAAUUUGGCGUUACAGUAACUUUAGAUCCGAAACCGGUAGAAGGCAAUUGGAAUGGAUCUGGAGCUCAUUGCAAUUAUAGUACUCAACGGAUGCGAGAAGACGGUGGAAUAAAGUAUAUUCAUGAGGCGAUAGAAAAAUUAUCCAAAAGGCAUAAAGAACACAUAAGAUUAUAUGAUCCCAAUGGUGGUAAAGAUAAUGAAAGACGCUUAACUGGUAAGCAUGAGACAUCCAGUAUAGAUAAUUUCUUUUCUGGCGUAGCUCAUCGUGGUGCCAGUAUCCGUAUACCUAGACCAUGCAGUGUCGCUGGCAAGGGAUACCUGGAAGAUAGGCGACCUUCUUCCAAUUGCGACCCAUAUGACGUUUCAUAUGCUAUUGUUCGUACUACAAUUAUAGACGACAAUUGGGUAGACUAA